AGAGGACAUGACGCUUCGCCUGGUCAGUUUCCCUACCAAGUCCGACUAAUAAUGCAGAACAAGACAGCAAAUUAUACAAACAUACCGUGUGGUGGUUCCCUGAUUAGCCACACUUGGGUUCUUACGGCGGCCCAUUGUACUUUCUGGGCUGAAACUGUCACCGUUAAAUUGGGCAGCAUUUUGACAUCCUCUUCACUGAUAGAGCACACCGUGACCAAAAAGAAUAUUAUUUACCAUAAGAACUUUAGCAACAAGACUUUGUUCAACGAUAUCUCACUCAUUCGCAUUCCACGUGUUAAAUUCAACAAAUACAUUCAAGCGGUUGAGCUGCCAAAGCGGAGGCGACAUCCCUAUACGUACACUGGACAUGACUCGAUAGCCACCGGAUGGGGAAUUACUUUGAACGCUAGUAAUAAUCUUCCCGAUGUACUGCAGUAUACAUACUUUACGGUCUUGAGCAAGAAAACUUGCAGAAAAUCAUGGGGCAAAGGGAUCACUAAAUCAAACCUUUGCGUUUCAACUAAACGGGGCAACUCCAUUUGCAAUGGUGACUCUGGUGGCCCAUUGGUAGAUUUUCCCAGCAUGGUUCAGAUCGGUAUAAGCUCCUUCGUUUACGGAGAUUGUUCGACGGACAUCCCGGCUGUCUUUGUAAGAGUGACUAGUUAUCUUCGCUGGAUAUUGCGAAUCAUUAAAUCCUAAAUAAACUAGAAGCUAUUGCUUCUAUUGCAACAUUUAUAAUAAAAUACAAUUAAUCAAUACUGCAAUUAUAAAUGUUG